CUCCCCUCCGACCUCAGAGCUUUCCCCCCUUCUCUCCCUCUUCCAGCCAUGAUCUGGCUGCCAGUCCUCCUCCGCGAUCGUGAGCUCGACCAUGACGCAGAGCAGAAGGGGUCCUCUCUAACGUCUCUGGAUCGCCAAUGCCGGGGACUCUUCUGCAGGACUUUGAGUUUGUUUCUGUGAAACAUGCCAUGUUCUUGGGGGUGCUCGAUUCUUUCUCUGCUUCACUUUGUUUUCAUCCUGGCAGGCGGCCACAAAGAGCUUCCUGACACACUCCUUUCCCUCCUUGCAGACCAAGGUCCAGACCUGUCAGUUGUCCAUCCUGUGAAAACCAGUGCUGAUGGAGAAUUUAUUUCCAAUGAGGUGUCUCAUCAUUUUAAUAUGGGAAGACACAGACGUGACCUGCAAGGCCAGCCUCCGCAGAGGCAGGUCUACUAUCAGCUUAGCUACAAGGGUCGAAACUUGAAGUUCAAUCUGACUGCAAACGAGCAUCUGAUUUCCAACGACUAUGUUUUGGAAAAAAGGAAGGACAAUACCACUGAGCAUCGCUUCUUCCAGGGGAAUUCCUGCCACCUCAUUGGGACUGUGGAAGCCUCUGGUGUUAGAGGGACUGCUGCCAUCAGCACCUGCAAAGGACUGACAGGAUUUUUUUCUCUCCCAGAGGGACACUUCUUUAUUGAACGAGUUCAGAAAUCACCCGAUGACGCCGCAGGACUUCCACAGCCUCAUAUUAUCUACCCCAAAGCCUCUUCAGGAAUUCACAGACAAAAACGUGACUCAGAGCCUGAACCGACUCGAAGCCCGUGUGGAGUUCAAGACGCUCCAAGCGACUCCAUCCAGGCGGAGAGGGAGAGGGAGGAGUGGGAGAGGGAGCAGCAGAGGGCAGGGGCUCAGCCCCGUAGCCACAGAUCUGUCAGUCGAGAGCGUUGGGUGGAGACUAUGGUGGUGGCCGACUCCAAACUCAUCGAAUACCAUGGCAGUGAACAUGUGGAAUCUUACAUCUUCACCAUCAUGAACAUGGUGGCUGGCAUCUUUCAUGAUGCCAGUAUCGGGAACGCCAUUCACGUCAUUUUAGUGCGUCUCAUUCUCCUACAAGGACAAGAGAAAGGGUUAAAGAUCGUUCACAAUGCAGAUACCACUCUGGCCAGUUUCUGCGCCUGGCAGAAACACUUAAAUCCACAAAAUGAUGCACAUCCAGCUCACCAUGAUCUGGGAAUUCUCAUCACCAGGAAAGACAUCUGUGCAGGAAUGAACCAGCCCUGUGAAACACUGGGUCUGUCUCACCUGUCUGGAAUGUGUCAGCCACACCGCAGCUGUAACAUCAACGAGGAUUCAGGCCUACCUGUCGCCUUCACCGUCGCUCAUGAAAUGGGCCACAGCUUUGGAAUCCAACAUGACGGCCAAGGGAAUGACUGUGAGCUUCAAGGGAGGCACCCGUUCAUCAUGUCCAGACAGCUGAUGUACGACAGCUCGCCUCUCACUUGGUCUUCCUGCUCCAAGGAUUACAUCACACGCUUCCUCGACCGGGGUUGGGGCUUUUGCCUCGAUGACCGUCCCUCUAAGAGGGACAUUGCCACGCCACUGGCUCGUCUUGGCAUCCGCUACACCACCCACCACCAGUGCCAGCUCCAGUAUGGUCCAAACGCUACUUUCUGUCCGGAGGUUGAUAAUGUGUGCCAGAUUCUUUGGUGUUCUGUAAAUGGCUCUUGUCGCUCCAAACUGGAUUCUCCCAUCGAUGGUACCCGCUGUGGACCAGAGAAGUGGUGCAUCUCUGGGGAGUGUGUAAUUGUGGGUAAGCUGCCUGAAACGGUGAAUGGUGGAUGGGGACAGUGGAGUACCUGGUCUUACUGCUCUCGGACCUGUGGUACAGGAGUUCAGUCUGCAGAGAGGGAAUGUAAUAACCCUAAGCCAGAGUUCGGGGGCAGAUACUGCACAGGGGAGAGGAAGCGCUAUCGGACCUGUAACACAAAACCUUGUCAGAGAGACAAACCAACCUUUAGAGAGAUGCUGUGUAGUGAGUUUGACACUGUGCCGUACCACAACGAGCUCUACCACUGGAUUCCUGUUUUUAGCCCUACAAAUCCCUGCGAACUGCACUGUCAACCUGUCGGUGAGUUUUUCUCUGAGAGGAUGCUGGACAUUGUGACUGAUGGAACGCCAUGCUUCAUGAACAACAAAUCCAGAAACAUCUGUGUCAACGGAGUGUGCAAGGACGUAGGUUGUGACUAUGGCAUUGAAUCAAACGCUGUGGAGGAUCGAUGCGGCGUCUGUUUAGGCGAUGGAACAAGCUGUCAGACCGUCUCAAAGUCGUUCGAUCAAGGAGAAGAAUUUGGCUACGUGGACGUGGGGGUGAUACCUGAGGGGGCACGGUAUAUUUCGGUAAAGGAAGCGUCGGAGGUGGGAAACUUCCUGGCCCUAAAGAGCGUGGAGUCAGAGGAGUACUUCCUGAACGGCAACUUCAUAAUCCAGUGGAAUGGCGAGUAUGAAGUGGGCGGGACGACGUUCUAUUAUGAACGCAAUGGGAAUGUGGAGAACCUCACUGCUCCUGGACCCACCAAGCAUCCAGUCAUGUUACAGCUGUUGAUUCAAGAAAAGAAUCCAGGAAUACAGUACGAGUACAUCAUCAAGAAGACAAAAGACUCUGAGAAUGAGGUCACUGAACCGAUUUACUUUUGGAGACAUGGAGCCUGGACAGCCUGCAGCACCACCUGUGGUUCAGGAGAACAACACCAGCCUGUUCGCUGUUUUCAGGCGGACAUGGGCGUUGUGGACGAGUCUCUGUGUGACUCCGACAGCCGUCCAGAUGACAAACUCCGCCAAUGCAAGAACAUGGAAUGCCCUGCUAGGUGGUGGGUUGGCAGCUGGCAACAGUGUACAGCUACCUGUGGGUCUGAGGGUGUGAGGAAGCGAACCGUUCUCUGUGUUCGCACCGUUUCCUGGGAAGAAAGAGUGCUCCAUCCUGUGGAAUGCAAGCAUCUUCUGAAACCAAAACCUGUAGUGCCGUGUAACAGGGAUGUACCAUGUGGGAAGGAUUGGGCUGUUAGCAGCUGGGGAGAAUGCUCUGCAACAUGCGGAGGAGGUGUUCGUUCACGCAAUGUAACAUGUGCCCUGACGCCCAGGAAGGCAUGCAACCUCGCCGCCAAACCCAGAUCCAGAUCCCUAUGUGCCUUGCAGAACUGUCCAAACUCAAGUCUUUACAGAAAACCAGGGUUUCUAUCUAUGUCCCGUCGUAUCUCCCCUCCAAGAACUCCUCCUUCCCAGCAUCCAGGAACCACAGCUGCACCUACAUCGACAAAAAAAGAAGCUACAACAAAUUUCAUACUUAAAACCACAUCACUUCCAGACUUUGAACACACAACCCCUGAAAUCAUCGAUGCAGAUGGCUUUGAUUUUAGUUUUGGGAUGAGAAAAAUUGAGAAUCCAAAAAACAGCACUAAAACAGAAAAACAGAAACAAGUAACUCUUAUAGAAGAUGAAAAUUUAGAAGAGGGAAGUACGCCCACCAUGCUCAUGUACACUGCAGGAUAUGAUUAUGUUGUUGAAGAUAUGACAACAGCAGCAGAAGACAAGAUUAGUGACAUGGAAGUUUUUACCACAGCUACAUCACCCAAAAGUUUUCUUCAAGUAACUCCUUCAAAACCGCAAAAAAGCCCAGUAACAAUGCAUAGAAUCAGAGCACCAGCCACAACUACCAACCCUGUUCCUUUCACCAGUACUCAGACAACUGAACACAUAUCCAACCUCUCCAUCACUCCAAAUAUCAGCCAAGGCUGGACACGCAGGAAUCCACUCAUCACUCCCAGUUACAGGAACAGGGCUGGCUCACCUAAAACCGACACCCAGACGAAAAGAGCUCCUUCUGUCACACCAAGAAAAUCAUUCACCACGGCACCAUCCCCUCACCCCACACCAACAAUUACAAUGAGAAAGUCAGCUGCAACACUUGAGGACAACAGUUCCAGCUCACGUCCUACUGAGACGUCUUCCAAGUUCAAAAGUGGUGGAUCAAAGAAUCAAAACCAGAAACAAAAAACUCCCCAAAGCAGCUUGGUCAGUCACCAAAACAAGCUGAAGGCCAGAGAGACGGCCAGAGAGACGGCCAGCAUGGACGUCUUCUGGAUUGUUGGAAACUGGAGUGAGUGUUCAACAACCUGUGGGAUUGGAGCUGUGUGGAGAGCAGUGACGUGCAGUUCACAGAAUGAGGAAGAUUGUGCCAAAAUGAAGAGACCUGAACCUGCACGGACAUGUCACCUGCAGCCAUGCGCCACAUGGCAAGCUGGCAGCUGGAGCAAAUGUCCAGAUGAUUGUGCGUUGGUUAAAAGGAGAUUCCGGGACGUCCAGUGUGUGGACGCUCAAAGUAAACGUCCACUUAGACCGUUUCACUGCCAGGCUGUGUCCAGCAGGCCUCUCAGCACCUUGGUGUGUCCUCACAACCCCUGCAUGAACUGGGAUGUAUCACCCUGGGGACCGUGCACUGGGAUUUGUGGCGAAGGCGUCCGUGAGCGGCGGGUGUUCUGCGCUGAGCCACAUCACUGCAGCACCACUCAGAGGCCAAACAGCACAGAGCCCUGCAGCUUAGAGCCAUGCGCCCACUGGAAGAGUGGGGACUGGGAGGAGUGCUCAGUGAGCUGUGGUGGUGGCCAGCAACGGCGGUCGGUCAAGUGUGUGACGGGGCGGGAAUCGGCUGUCGUGCCAAACAGCCGCUGUGAGAAGAUUUUAAAACCAGUAACACUCAGAAUGUGCAGCAUGCAGGAAUGCAGCUCAGCUUGCAGGAAGAACGCCAUUUCUUCUCGCUUCUGUGAAAAGCUGAAGCUUUUGGGCCGCUGCACUCUCAGGUCUGUCCAAAGACAGUGUUGUUUCAUGUCGAUGCAAAGCCAUCUGUUCACAAGAAAACCAAAGUGGCAUCGACUUCUUCAGUUAACCCGUGCGGACUAAACUGAGAUGGACUGUGACACUUUGUUCUGUUUGAUUUUUUUUGAAACAUUUUCUUUUUGUAAUGUCUUUUUUUUUUAAACAAAGCAAAACAGGAGUCAAAGACAUAAACAGUGAUACAGAGAAACAAUAGUAAGACUUAAACAUUUUUAACUCAGUGAUUCCCGCUGUAAACUCUCCUUAACAGUGUUUUUGGUUUUAACCUGGUGCUACAUCUGCAGUUUUUCUUGCUCCUGCUCAUUUGUUGUUUGUAGUCUGAAAAGCAAAAUGUUCAGCUAGUUAGUGACGUUAAAUUGAUCGUAGGAGUGAGUGUCUAAAUUUUGCAAUUUUGUUAGACUUAACUGAAAUUGUGCCAGUAUGUAAUGGAUCUUAGGGCUACCACUUCACUCUAGUUCCACUCUCAAAACCUUUACCAAGUCAUUCCAGUUCUUCAGUGGGUCUCAAAAAUGCUCAUCCUCCCAAAUUUUAAGUUUAUUGUGGACCAAAGAUAGCGCUGUUACAGUCAUGGAGUUGUUGAAAAAUUGUGUAACAUCUGAAUUACUAUAUACAUUUGUUUUCUUUCUUGGCUAAAACAGUGAUUUUUUUCAUUAUUUUCUUUUUCUGUUUUGUUCUUGAAGCUGGCACUGUGUGUUUACAUUGUCUUCAGUACCUGGUUUUGUUAUUUUUGCUGUGGAAAUGUCAUUUGCAUCAUAAUGCAGUCAAACCUAUAAGAAUUGAAAUUUUGUAGAGAGGUGUUGCAGGUCAUCCCUCUUCGACUACUUUUGAGAUGACAAUGUUUUUUUUUCAAUGAGAUUAAUUUGAUUUACUCACCCACAUUCCUGGUGUGUGCAUUUUAAAAACCAGUUUUGUACAUCAAUAUCUAGCAACAUUAAUAUUAAUAAAACUUAGUUGGAAGAAAAAACAAACUUGAAGUUAAGGCAAACCAUGAUGAAAAAAAAAGAUUUUUUUCCCCUUUUUUCCAAGUACGGUAGCCCACUGCUGUUAAUAGGAGGCAGUGAUUCCCAAAUUGUUCACAUGGGAAGAUCUUUUUGCACUCAGAAAUAUUCCAGAGCCCUCCCUUUGUGCAAAAUGAUCAUAAACUGCUCCUAAAUUGCACGUCUAGUGAAGAAGUUACUCUGCAAAAAGUUGUUUUUCCUCACAAACAUGUUGUUGCCCAUAAGACUAGUAUUUCUGUUUGCCACUGUGACAAUUUUUUACUCUCCAAAGGUCAAACAAAUGAAAAAUAGUCUUCUGUUGCAGACACAAAAGCCAAAAAAGCAUGAAGAGUUAGGAAACACAUCAGGAACUCAGUCUCACAAAUGUUGGGUUUAUAACCUGAAGCACUCACAGUUGCUGGAUUUUAAGUAAAAGGCAGCUCACACGUGACCAAACGACCUGCAAAGUAACAAAAAAUGAUCUUAAUAACAAUUAUGCCCCCUAGUUUGUGAAUCCCAGCCGUCAGGGUUUGUUAGGUAAGCCCCAAAUUAGAAAGCAUUCCUGCAAAAUGCAUUUGUUCUCCCUUCACUCCUCCAGAUCCCUUUGAACGUCCAAUCAUUGAAAUGUUUUGGUGAGAUGAUUCUCAGGGUCACAGGCAUGGGGGGUGGGGGGGGGGGGGGCAGAGAGGGGUACAAAUUAGGACACAAAACAAGCCUAUUGUUGUUGGCUGAGUUUUUGUCUUUCCAGAUUUGGGCUUUGUCUGUCUCCAUCAGGGGAUGUUAGGGGAUUAAAAAUGCAAGGUUUUACAAACAAGUCAAUAAAGUUUUGUUCUGCAUUUUCUUUGUUCUGAUUGGUAACAUUGGCCUUUUUUGCAGUUUGUCCAUAUAAAUAUUAAAUACGUUGUUAUGCAAAGAAAGAUUGAAACCAUUCAAUGCUUUUUUUAAUGGAGGAUGAUCUUUAAAUCGUCCCAAUUGACAGCCAAUGAGAUGACGAUCAUUUAAUGUAAAGAUGUAGACAUAACAAAGACCAAAGGGACACAUUUAAAAACCCCAUCAACAUAUGGUUUGGCCGUAUUUGUAAAAAGAGAUAUUUCUUACCCCGCUUUGUUAACAAAAUCAAGAUUUUCUUAUUUGUACCCACUGAGUCGACAAGUUUGUAGCGGCCUGAGAUUGCCACACGCCGCUGCAUGUGCCACUCUGACGGCUGUGUUUCAGGGAUUGGGUUUAACUGUCCCAGAUUUCCAGAGCUCCGCUCAAUAACAUGACACGAUGGGACGUUACCCUGCUCCGAGCACCCUGCUGCUGUCAUUCAAACCACAGACUAGGAGUUAGUCAGCAGUAAUGGAAGGAGAAACUCAAUACCUGCUGAAUGUGGCACAUCAUGUCCUAAAGGCUGACUGUGUGAGCGGCUGAAUGUAAGAUGUACGUGUGUGUUAUUGUGACAAAGUGGUGCUGCCUAACAAGAUGCCUCAUGCUUUUGUAUCAUUAUGUAUUAGGUGCAUGCAUUGUGGAGACAGGACCUGGGUAUUUGGACAAUAAAAUAUUAGUGAUUUUAAAACUGUGCACAUCACUUCAUAAAUGCCAGUUAGUCAAAAAUAAAACAGAAAGUUUUGGUACAGAAAUAAAGAGAAACAUGACUAUAAAACCAGUGUGGUUUGCUUUAACAGAUCUAAGCAGCAUGAAAACUUUGAAGCUGGUCGUUCAAUAAAAAUUUAAGAAUGGUCGUAAAAUUAAAAGUUUAAUCUAAACCCACAACUGUUCAUCUUUAAUUGUCAGAUAAUUACUUGACUAAAUUUUAAGCUCUUUCCUGGAGCAUAUCACAAAAACAUUGUAUUUUUUGUUCAUAAUAAGAACUUUUUUUAUGUUUCAAAAAAUACAUCUAGGAAUUUUCAGAAACAUCCAUUUGUGAGCAUUUUUAUGUUUUUCCAACACUUGUUGGCCUUAUACAUUAUUUUUUCUGUUAAAUUCUCAUCAUUUUUAGAAAUUUGUUCAAUUGGUGACUCAUUCAACCCCUUGCAUGGAUUUAUUCCCAAUUAUCUAUAUUUUUAUAUUUUUUAAUCGUCCUUUUUUUUUUUUUAAAGGUAGUGCUAAAUGUCUGCAGCAUCCCUGGAUUAAGUGGUACUCUGGAAAUUAGUGACCUACAAUGUGAAGGGGUAAAUAUAACAGAUUUUUAUGGUAGAACAGCAAUCUUUUGUCAAGCUUCAAGAUUGUUAUUUUUUAUUAUAUAUUUGGCCUAUUUAUGGACCAAAUAGAUACAUUGAUUACAUAUUUUCAAAACAGGGGGAAAAAACUGACAGUUCAUUUGAAUUGCAACAUUUUGUCAAUCUAUCAAAUGAAAUACAAGGCAUAAGUAAAGACUUUUAUUGCAUCAUUAUUGUGUGUAAUUACUUGUGUAGAAUAAAGUUGGUCUACCAAUCGCACUGCAAGAACACCUUAAGUUGCGAGACAGUUGAUCCGGAGGUUGACCUGUAAGUAAAUUCCUCUUCCCGACUGAAUUUGACCCUCAGCUGAUGAUGUAAGUGCCUGCUAGGAAUGGGGAAGAUUACCUGACUAACAUCUAUUGAUCAUUGUAAAGCAGGAAAAAGCAACCUCAUCUUUUGGGUUACCAGACACCGGCGGCCGAUGCAACAGCCAAGAACACAUCAAAUAUUCAUGUUUGAUGACCAAGAGAAAAAGGAAGCCUCCGGUCUGAGCCAUGCAAGAGCUUGCAGGUUCUUUUCUUGAUACAUGAGGAAACUGUAAAGCUAAAAUCUUGGACAAGUACAAAUUAGGAAGAAAAAUAAUUAAAUCUAGCUGGUUGUCACUCAAAUCCCAUAAAAUCAAGUGGCAGGUUUAGGCAGCAAAAUGUCAUGUGGCUGUUUUUCCUGAGUGAAAAGUCCAGUCUAGUGGCUCUCAUCUGGACUCCAUCAGGUUGCAUGUCCCCAAGGCAGCCAGAUUGGCAUCCAUGUACCAGGCCUGUUUCUUUAUUAAAGCCUCUGCCUCCUCUGACCCAGCACACACAGUUCGAGCCCCAGGGAACACAAGCACAGGCACACAUGGCUCCCAUAGGUCAGUUUGGUUGUUUGUGAGUUGUGCGUUUGAUUCCCUCAUAGACCACAUAUGGAUUUAAGCUUAAGUAAUGCAGUGUGAGAUGCUUUUCUUUGUAAAACAUCUGCUUAAUGAUAGUGUAGCUAAAGAAAAAGGCUAAUACACUCACAACCAGGCCAAGCAAAAUCAGAGACAUAUGACAUGAAUGAGGUGAAUUUCCACAGUUCAACCUGAUAACGUGAUACACUAUAUUAAGCA